UUUCGUGCUGGUAAUUUGAAGUAAGCAGAUGUCUAGAUAUAAGCUUGGAAAGUGGCCAGUUGGAUAUUGCUCACGGCUGCAGCUGAAGACUCCAGCAGCCUUUUCCCCUCUUUGCUUCCAUUUGGAGAGGAAGCCGUCAGCGGCUGUGUGACUUCAGUAGACGUGGGGCUUGGCCCCGGCUUGCAGCUGGGAUCAGUCUUCAGUGGCGAUUUGGAGUGGGUCACAGUUCUUCCUGCCUGCCUGUCUGCUUGUUUAGUCUCUGAUGUCUGGUCCCCAGGGCCCUGGCUCUUCCCCCACGCCUUCAGCCUGCACAGUCCCUUCUCUCAUUCUCAGGCUGCAGAACCUGGAAGUACAGUUGUUCCCUUCUUACCCGCUGUUUCAGUUACCUGAGGUCAACCAUGGCCUGAAAAUAUUACUUGGAAAAUUCCAGAAAUAAACAAUUCAUAAGUUUUAAAUUGCACGCUGUGAUGAAACCUCGCGCUGUGCAGCCUGGGCAGUGAAUCGUCCCCUUUGUUCAGCGUCCCCACGCUGUGGACGCUCCCCAACCAUAGUCACUUAGUAGCUGGCUCGGUUAUCAGAUCGACCGUCACAGUGUCCCAGUGCAAGUCACCCUUAUUUUCCACCAUCAUGGCCCCAAAGCGCAAGAGAAUCGAUGCUGGCAAUUUGACUAGACCAAAGAGAAGCCGGAAGGUGCUUCCUCUAAGUGAAAAGGUGAAAGUUCUCGACUUGAUCAGGAAAGAAAAAAAAUCCUACGCUGAGGUUGCUAAGAUCUACGGAAAGAAUGAAUCUUCCAUCCGUGAAAUUGUGAAGAAGGAAAAGGAAAUCCGUGCUAGUUUUGCUGUCUCACCUCCAACUGCUAAAGUGACGGCCACCGUGCGUGACAAGUGCUUAGUCAGGAUGGAACAGGCGCUGCAUUUGUGGGUGGAAGAGAUGAACAGAAAACGUGUUCCGAUUGACAGCAACGUGUUGCGCCGGAAAGCGCUGAGCCUAUACCAGGACUUCAGCAAGGGACGCCCUGAAACUGACCCCAAGCCAUUUACUGCGAGUAAGGGAUGGUUACACAGAUUCAGGCAUAGAUUCUCACACCAUUACAAGAACAAGAAGAAGGGGAUCAUGGCCCAGGUAGCAGUGUCUACUCUGCCCGUUGAAGAAGAGCCCUCUUCAGAGAGCAGGAUGGUGGUGACAUUCCUCGUGUCUGCCCUUGAGUCCAUGUGUAAAGAACUGGCCAAGUCCAAGGCAGAAGUGGCCUGCAUCGCUGUGUACGAAACAGACGUGUUUGUCGUCGGAACCGAGAGAGGAUGCGCUUUCGUUAAUGCCAGGACGGAUUUUCAGAAAGACUUUGCAAAAUACUGUGUUGCAGAGGGGCGGCGCGAAAUGAAACCUCCCUGCCCCGUGAACGGGAUGCAGGUCCACUCGGGAGAAACGGAAAUACUCAGGAAGGCAGUGGAGGACUAUUUCUGCCUUUGUUAUGGGAAAGCAUUAGGGACGACGGUCAUGGUGCCUGUUCCGUAUGAGAAGAUGCUUCGAGACCAGUCGGCGGUGGUGGUGCAGGGACUUCCGGAAGGCGUUGCCUUUCAGCACCCUGAGAAUUACGACCUGGCCACCCUGAAAUGGAUUUUGGAGAACAAAGCAGGGAUUUCAUUCAUCAUAAACAGACCCUUCCUAGGACCAGAGAGUCAGCUGGGUGGCCAUGAGAUGGUGACAGAUGCUGAGAGAUCCAUAGUAUCACCACGUGAAAGCUGUGGCCCCAUCAGUGUGAAAACUGAACCCAUGGAAGAUUCUGGCAUUUCCCUGAAAGCAGAAGCUGUCUCAGUCAAGAAAGAAUCAGAAGAUCCUAAUUACUGUCAAUAUAACAUGCAAGGAAGCCACCCUUCUUCCACAAGCAAUGAAGUAAUAGAAAUGGAAUUACCAAUGGAAGGAAACACAAAUUCAUCCAGUGUUACAAAUUCUGCGGCAGGUGUUGAAGAUCUUAACAUCGUUCAGGUGACUGUUCCAGAUAAUGAGAAAGAAAGAUUAUCAAGUAUCGAAAAGAUUAAACAGCUAAGAGAACAAGUUAAUGACCUCUUUAGCCGAAAAUUUGGUGAAGCAAUUGGUGUGGAUUUCCCUGUGAAAGUUCCCUACAGGAAGAUCACAUUCAACCCUGGCUGUGUGGUAAUUGACGGCAUGCCCCCAGGGGUGGUGUUCAAGGCCCCUGGCUACCUGGAAAUCAGUUCUAUGAGGAGGAUCUUGGAUGCAGCUGAGUUUAUCAAAUUCACAGUCAUCAGGCCACUUCCAGGACUUGAGCUCAGUAAUGUGGGAAAACGUAAGAUAGACCAAGAGGGCCGUGUGUUUCAAGAAAAGUGGGAGAGAGCGUAUUUCUUCGUGGAAGUGCAGAAUAUUCCAACGUGUCUCAUAUGCAAACAAAGCAUGUCUGUGUCCAAAGAAUAUAACCUGAGACGCCACUAUCAAACCAACCACGGCAGGCACUAUGACCAGUAUACGGAAGGAAUGCGUGACGAGAAGCUUCACGAGCUGAAGAAGGGGCUCAGAAAGUAUCUCUCAGGCUCCUCAGACACUCAGAGUCCCGAGCAAAAACAAGCGUUUGCAAAUGCAAGUCCCACCCAGAAUCCCCCCGUGCAGCCCGUAGAGGACACGGCCAGGAACUUGUGGGAGAAGUUACGUGAGAAAAUCAGGUCUUUUGCGGCAUAUUCCAUCGCAAUCGAUGAGAUCACGGAUAUAAAUAAUACCACCCAGCUGGCCAUCUUCAUCCGGGGCGUCGAUGAGCACUUUGAUGUGUCCGAAGAACUUCUGGACACAGUGCCCAUGACAGGCACAAAAUCUGGAAACGAGAUCUUUCUGCGUGUUGAGAAGAGUCUGAAAAAGUUCGGUGUUGACUGGUCAAAGUUAGUCAGCGUGGCCUCCACUGGCACUCCAGCAAUGGUGGAUCCCAAUAAUGGACUUGUCACAAAACUGAAGUCCAGGGUGGCGACGUUCUGCAAGGGCGUGGAACUGAAGUCCAUCCGUUGCAUCAUUCAUCCGGAAUCACUCUGCGCUCAGAAGUUGAAGAUGGACCACGUCAUGGACGUGGUAGUGAACUCUGUGAACUGGAUAUGCUCCCGGGGACUGAACCACAGUGAGUUCACAACGUUGCUCUAUGAGCUGGACAGCCAAUAUGGCAGCCUCCUGUACUACACGGAGAUUAAGUGGCUCAGUCGAGGGCUGGUGCUAAAGAGAUUUUUCGAAUCGUUGGAAGAAAUUGACUCUUUCAUGUCAUCCCGAGGGAAGCCCCUGCCUCAGCUGAGCUCCAUAGACUGGAUCCGAGACUUGGCCUUCCUGGUUGACAUGACGAUGCAUCUGAACACUUUGAACAUCUCCCUCCAAGGGCACUCCCAAAUCGUCACGCAGAUGUACGACUUGAUCCGGGCGUUCCUAGCCAAACUGUGCCUCUGGGAGACUCAUUUGGCGAGGAAUAAUCUGGCCCACUUCCCCACCCUGAAAUCGGUUUCCAGAAACGAAAGCGACGGGCUGAACUACAUCCCCCAAAUCGCGGAACUCAAGGCCGAGUUCCAGAACAGGCUGUCUGAUUUCAAACUCUACGAAAGCGAACUGACUCUGUUCGGCUCCCCGUUCUCCACGAAGAUCGACAGCGUGCACGAGGAGCUCCAGAUGGAGGUUAUCGACCUGCAGUGCAACACGGUCCUGAAGACGAAAUACGACAAGGUGGGGAUACCGGAAUUCUACAAGUACCUCUGGGGCAGCUACCCCAAAUACAAGCAACACUGCGCCAAGAUCCUCUCCAUGUUCGGGAGCACCUACGUCUGCGAACAGCUGUUCUCCAUUAUGAAACUGAGCAAAACGAAAUACUGCUCCCAGCUAAAGGAUGCCCAGUGGGAUUCCGUACUCCACAUCGCAACGUGAUGGAGAGAGAGCCCCUGGCAGUGCCCUAUGGUGGGAAAGGCUGGGGUCUUCUAGGCCCGAGGGAUUGGGAGAUGACAGCAUCAAUUCUUUUUGUUUGUUUGUUUUUCUUUUUUGAGACAGAGUCUUGCUUUGUCACCUAGGCAGGAAUGCAGGGGCGCGAUCUCAGCUCACUGCAACCUCCAGCUCCCGGGUUUGAGCGAUUCUCCUGCCUUGGCCUCCUGAGUAGCUGGGACUACAGGUGCGUGCCACCAUGCCCGGAUAAGUUUUGUAUUUUUAGUAAAGAUGGGGUUUCACCAUGUUGGCCAGGCUGGUCUUGAACUCCUGACCUCAGGUGAUCCACCCACCUCGACCUCCCAAAGUGCUGGGAUUACAGGUGUGAGCCACUGCGCCCAGCCUAAAAUGAAUUCUUAAACAUUUGUUUUUUUCCAUUUUUUUCCACUUUGAUUCAGAAAUAUAAUCUGCAAUAUCGUACUUGUUUAUAUGACAUUGUAUGCCUCGCUGUUCAGUAAAAAUCAAGAAGGUUUUAUUGUAUCAUUGGUAGUUGACUUUUCUAUGCCUGGCUGCUUCAUUCCUUCACAUUACCUGCCUGCCCCCCGCAGAGGCACUGUAGUUGGCAUCCUGAAGUUUAAAUCAGUCAACAGAGAAAUAGGUAGAGAGACAUGUAUAUCUGUUUUUUGUUUUGAAAUGGAGUCU